AUGGCCGUUGCACAGUUAGUUUCCCUCUUCGAAGGUCUCGACCACCAAAGAGAAAGAACAUCCAUUGAACCCAUAACCAGCAGCUUCCGAACCCAGUCAUCUACAUCUCGAGUGCGUCUGUCGCUACAGACUAUCUUCAGUCAUAAUCCUCUCCACCGAUCGUCACCCAAGGUCUCCAAGAAAAUGUCGGCCACAUCCUCUCCCUUCCUAAGCUCGUCUCCAAGCUCCUCCUUCAGCAGUUUCCGAAACAAAAGCCACCGGGGCAAUGACAUCGAACAUACUCUGUCCCCCAUCAUCCACAACAGAUCCCAAAGCCAGAUCAGGCGGCAGCCCUCCGCAAUCGACCUCGCCCUAGAGGAAGAACAGAUGGCUGAUCACGCCGAGAGUAUUGGACUCGGUCUGCUUGAACCAAGACCACGUGCCAACACAGUCUCGUCGAUCUCUACCCAGAGCACCACUAGCCAGUGCUCCAUGAUGGAAUUCAUGACCGAGACCAUGCAAACCCCCGUCAUCCUGGAUGGCAUUUUCGAAGUAAUGGAGCGUGCCCGAGUCUAG